AUGUUUUACUACGAAACCCUCUUUGUUUGUAUACCCUUUAUGUGUUCAAUCAUCAUCCUCUGCAUCAUCUGCUGCAAUUCCUUCCAGGAGGAAUCACAAUCUCAUUCGAGUGACUCAACUGAGAAUCAGCCCCUCAGGAGGGAGACUCAACAUCUAUCUACUUACAAUAGAUCUCUGGACAUUUUUGCUCCAUCUGCUUCCAUCCAAGAGGAUGAAGAUCUUACGACGAUACUCACACCAAUGCUAACCAGGGAUUCCAAGGCCCCAGUGUACGAAAUAGAUCCACCUACUUAUGAACAAGUAAUGGAGAAUGAAGCUCUCUACCAUCAAAGCAGUAAAUGA